UGUUUCCCCUGUGGUGACAGAGGUGAGAGAGCUGUCGGGAGAGGCGGCCUCCACUCCUUCCGCAUUGGUGCCUGACUGCACUGCUGUAGCUGAGCAGCACCAAAUGCACGGAGCCUGCUGACACCACUCCGCACACAGAACGCCCUCUCCAAGCACUGCAGCCUGCUGUCCAGCCCGAGGCUGAGGAUGCGCGCCCCGGGGCCCUCCCAGUUACUGGAUGAGGAGCUCUACUCCAGGCAGCUGUGAGGCUCGAGCCGGGUGGGGGCAGGGCGGCCUUCUGAUCUCUCUUGCCUGCCUUCUUUACCUCCGCAGGUAUGUGCUUGGCCCACCUGCCAUGCAGAGGAUGCGGGAAGCCAAGGUGCUGCUGUCAGGCCUGCAGGGCCUUGGGGCUGAGGUGGCCAAGAACCUGGUCCUGAUGGGUGUGGGCAGCCUCACUCUGCAUGAUCCCUGUCCUACCUGCUGGUCUGACCUGGCCGCCCAGUUUUUGCUCUCAGAGCGGGACUUGGGAAGGAGCAGAGCUGAAGCCUCUCGGGAACUCUUGGCUCAACUCAAUGAAGCUGUCCAGGUGUCUGUCCAUCUGGGUGACAUCACCGAGGCCUUCCUGCUGGACUUCCAGGUGGUGGUACUGACGGCCUCAAAGCUGGAAGAGCAGCUGAAGGUGGGCGCCUGGUGCCACGAGCAUGGAGUCUGCUUCCUGGUGGCCGAUAGCCGGGGCCUCGUGGGGCAGUUGUUCUGUGAUUUUGGUGAAAACUUCACUGUCCAGGACCCCACCGAGGCGGAACCACUGACAGCCACGAUUCAGCACAUCUCCCAGGGCUGCCCUGGCAUUCUCACUCUGCGAAGAGAGACUGUCCCCCACUCCUUCCGUGAUGGGCACUUGGUGACUUUCUCAGGCAUUGAAGGCAUGGUUGAGCUCAAUGGCUGUGAUCCCCAGCCCAUCCGUGUGCAGGAGGACGGGUCCUUGGAGAUUGGGGACACAGCAACCUUCUCCCGUUACUUGCGUGGCGGGACUGUGAUAGAAGUCAAGAGAGCUAAGACCGUGAAUCACAAACCCCUGGAAACAGCCCUGCUGCAGCCCCAGGUCAUGGCCUCGAGUUCCCAGCACCGUGUCCACUGCCUGCAUCAGGCCUUCCGUGCGCUGCACAAAUUCCAGGACCUCCAUGGCCGGCCGCCGCAGCCCUGGGAUCCUGUUGAUGCAGAGGCUGUGGUGUGCCUGGCCCGGGCCCUGGGACCACUGAAGGGGACAGACGAAGAGCCGUUGGAAGAGCCACUGGAUGAGGCCCUAGUGCGGAUCACUGCUUUGAGCAGUGCUGGCAGCUUGAGCCCCAUGGCAGCCUUGCUGGGUGCAGUGGCUGCGCAGGAAGUGCUGAAGGCAAUCUCGGGGAAGUUCAUGCCCUUGGACCAGUGGCUGUACUUUGAUGCUCUCGACUGUCUUCCGGAAAAUGGGGACAUCCUUCCCAAACCUGAGGACUGCGUCCCGAGAGGCUGCCGCUAUGAUGGGCAAAUAGCUGUGUUUGGGGCUGGAUUUCAGGAGAAACUGAGCCGCCAGCACUACCUCCUGGUAGGUGCUGGCGCCAUUGGCUGUGAGCUGCUCAAGGGCUUUGCCCUAGUGGGCCUGGGAGCUGGGGGCGGCGGAAGUGUGACUGUUGCCGACAUGGACCACGUAGAACGCUCCAACCUCAGCCGUCAGUUCCUGUUCAGGCCCCAGGACAUUGGUAGACCCAAGGCAGAAGUGGCUGCUGUAGCUGCCCAGCGACUGAACCCAGACCUACAGGUGACUCCACUCACCUACCCGCUGGAUCCCACCACAGAGCAUGUCUACGGGGACCACUUUUUCUCACGUGUGAAUGGCGUGGCUGCUGCCCUGGACAGUUUCCAGGCCCGGCACUAUGUGGCUGCUCGCUGCACCCACUAUCUGAAACCACUGCUGGAGGCAGGCACAGAGGGCACCAAAGGCAGUGCUGCAGUGUUCGUGCCAGACGUGACCGAGGGCUACAAAGCCUCGGGCUUAGCUGAGGACACCUCCUACCCCGUCUGUACCGUGCGGCAUUUCCCGAGCACAGCUGAGCACACCCUGCAGUGGGCUCGGGAUGAGUUUGAGGGACUCUUCCGGCUGUCUGCAGAGACCAUCAACCGCGCCCGACAGGCACACACUUCCCUGGCAGAUAUGGACGGGCCACAGACACUGGCCUUAUUGCGGCCAGUGCUAGGUGUCCUGAAGGCACGGCCACAGAACUGGGAAGACUGCGUGGUGUGGGCCCAUGGCCACUGGCAGCUGCGCUUCCACUAUGGCAUCAUCCAGCUGCUGAGUCAUAUCCCCCCUGAUAGAGUGCUUGAAGAUGGAACUCUGUUCUGGUCGGGUCUCAAACAGUGUCCCCAGCCCCUGGAAUUUGACAUGGACCAAGAAAACCACCUCCUCUUCGUGCUGGCAGCUGCCAACCUGUAUGCGCGAAUGCAUGGCCUACCCGGCUCGCUGGGCCUCGCUGCACUCAAAGGGCUGCUGCUGAAGUCGCUGCCACAGACUGACCCUCAGCGGCUGGCCCCCAUCCUCACUAGGGCUCCAGAGAGGGAUCAGGCUUCUGCUGAGUUUGGCCCUGAGCUGUUGAAGGAGUUGCAGGAGGUCCUGGGAGUAUGGAGCGAGCACCCUGCUCUGAACCCUCUGAUGUUUGAGAAGGAUGAUGACAGCAACUUCCACAUGGAUUUUGUGGUGGCAGCAGCUAACCUGCGAUCUCAGAACUAUGGGAUCCCACCUGUCACUCGGGCCCAGGGCAAGCAAAUUGUGGGCCGGAUUAUCCCAGCCAUCGCCACCACUACAGCAGCAGUGGCAGGCCUGGUGGGCCUGGAGCUAUAUAAGGUAGUAGGUGGGUCACGGACCCUUGGUGCCUAUCGUCACAGCUAUCUGCACCUGGCUGAAAACCGCCUCCUUCGCUGGGUACCUUCCGCACCAGCCAUCCAGAUGUUCCAGAGCCUGGAGUGGACCUGUUGGUACCGCCUGAAGGUGUCUGCUGGGCAGCCCGAGAAGAGCCUGCAGUGGCUGUUGGCCCAUCUCCAGGAGCAACAUGGGCUGAGGGUGAAGAUGCUGCUGCAUGGCACGGCCCUGCUGUAUUCAGCCAGCUGGUCACCUGCAAAGCAGGCCCAGUUCCUGCCCCUCAGCGUGACAGAACUCGUUCAGCAGGUGACAGGCCGUGCGCAUGAGCCUGGCCUGCGGGUACUGGUCCUGGAGCUGAGCUGUGAGGGCGAAGAGGAGGACACUGCCUUCCCACCUCUGCACUAUGAGCUCUGACAAGGCAGCUGCUGCUGCACCGUCCAGCUCGACCAAGCCCUCCUUCACCAGCCCUGCUUCUUGAGCCUACAGUAGGCACUCAAUAAAUGCUCACCAAAGAAA